AUGCCGCCCUCCAGCGACGACGAGGUUCCCCUCUCCAGGCGUGGUGCACACACCUUUGACCGCCACCGCCUCGAAUUUCGCCGGAGAGUAACACUCGGAAGGGCCGUAGGAGGUACCAGUACCUCCAGUAUGGACGAGCCACCCCAACCUGAGAUUAUCCCCAUUCAACGUGGCGCUGAGCCAUCAGGUUCAUCUUCUUCGCCAGUGUCCUCUUCAUUGAUUACUGCCACUGCCACUGCUUCGUCUUCCGUCACCACGCCGUCAGCCAGUAACCACGAAAAGAACUUCAAGGAGCAGCAACGGCGGAGACUUAUGUAUCUCCAGGAAACUAGGCCAAACCAGCAGCAGCACAAGCGGCAAACGCAGAGCCAGGUCGGUAUCCACCCGCUCUCAAAGUCAUUCACUGCCAACGCCAAGAACCGCGAAGUGCUCGACAUAGACACUCCGCCCCCUCCGUCUCACGUUCUGUCCUCUCCGUUGAACGAGGCGCACACUGCUGCUAGUAUUUUAGAGCAACAGGUACAACAGGAGCAUCAACAGGCUCAACAGGCGCAGAAGUCUCAACAACAUCAGCAACAACAUCAGCAACAGCCUCAGAACAAGCAUCAACAGGAGUCCCAGCAGCCCCAGCAGCAACAGCAUGGGCAUCGGCAGCCACAAGACGAUAACGAGAUCGCGAUCAGAGAAGAGAGCCUAGAACUUCUUGAAAACUUGGCCUCGAUCACCUCUGACGACAUGAACAGAGGCAACAGUGGCGGCGGCGCCUUUGGCCGAAACGACAGAGACGACAGCAGCAACAACAGCAACAACAACAACAACAACAACAACAACAACAACCACGGUAACAACAGCAACAAGAGACGCGCAGAGGUAGACUUGGAGAGACCUACAACUCGUCGACUAUUCUCUGGCAUCACAACACCAGGAAGCAUGUCUGGCUCUGUCUUUGGCCCGUCUGACUCCGUCUUUGGCCCGUCUGGCUCUGGCGUGGGCGUUGGUCCGCAUGCCCCGGCCCCGGGCGCUUCACCCCCUCGGACCCCGACACGUCCUGCUUCUUUUGACGUUAGAGAGGGACCGGGUAGUGGUGGUGUUGCUGGUGAUCGUGGCGUUGGAAGCCCUUUUCUACCGUUCAGCUGUGGGGCAUCUCCUAUGCCCCAAGCCCCAAAUUUCUUCGACCAACCUCGCACUUCCGGUGCUGUGACCGCGACGGGAGCUGCUGCUCAGCGGGGACAAGUAGGUCCGGAGAGAGGAGAUAGAGCCGGAAGUGUGGCUUCCGUGACGAGCAUCACUUCGCGGAACGGACCCCCGAUGGCUAACUCAAGCUUGCCUAAUUUGCCUCCUGACGGAACCAACUGGCUCACCGGCCGUAUCGUCGUCGUCUCCGUCGGUGCCGAGCGCCGCAAAUGGAAUGUUCACGAACAACUCCUGAGUUACAACUCCCCGUACUUCAAGCGUCUCUUCAACCCCGAGCCCGAGCUCGUUGAAGGCUCCUCCUCCUCCGGUGGUAAUCACAACCAAAGCACCGCCGCCGCAAACGCGGCACCCGGAGAACCGAUCGAGGAAGUCCACCUCCCCGCUGCCGAACCGAAGCUUUUCGCCCUCUUAAUCCGCUGGCUCUACGGCACAGCAUUCGCUACUUCGGGCGGCCAAAAGGUCUUCAAAUUCCCCCCUCCCCAACUCAACCAAGUCACCGUACGCGACUACCUCGGCCUAUACAUCCUCGGCCAAACCGUCCAGCUCCCGGGUCUGCGUAACGCCUGCAUCGAUGUUCUUUACCACUACUACGCCGCCGAGACCGAAGAGGUGCGCGUGCCCGACUUGCACGACGUGCAAUACAUCUUCGAGAACACCAAGCAUGCGCCGGAUUCACAGAUGAGAAGGCUGUUGGUUGCUCAUUGCAUGUUUCAUCUCUUUGGCGCGAAGAGGAGGGGCCCAUUGCCCCCCGACUGGCAGGAGGUUAUAGAGCCACGGUGCACAGUGUCGUUCGAGAUGUUCAAGAUGCUGGCGGAUUGGAAGUGGGUGAUUGGCGAGAAUGUGCCGACCAUGAAGAUCAAAGCUAGGCAUGCAUUUCAUGAGAAGCCACGGCCGGAGGAGCUAUUGCCGUGGCAUAAAGCGCAGACACAGGAUGAGGCGGGGAUGCCGCUUGUUGGGGUGGUGAAAGCUGAGCCGGUUGAUGAGUAG